UUUUCAAACCCACAAAAGAUCAACCUCUCCAUACAUCAUACAUACAGAGAGAGAAGAUUUCAGAGGAAGUUAUUCUAGAGAGAGAGAGGGAGGGAGGGAGGGAAGAUGCUGGGGAGGACGAGGCCUUCGUCUAGCUCGCUGGAAUGCUUGGAGCUAGAGAGGUCACCUCCGAAGGUCGUCAAACACGAUUCUCUCUCCAUCUAUGAGGCAACACUGGUGAAGCUUAGACAAGGUUCUCAACGUGAUCUUGUCUCAUCUGCGGAGAUAAUUGAGAUGGAUGCCAAUUACAAUUCUGCAAGCAAUUCUACCGAUAAGGAGGUAAUUACGACAGAUUCAAAAGAGCAGCCCAACAAAACCGUUUCCGUUAUUCAUCUGUUUGCCAGAUAUAGUAAGAGUUCUCGACGUGCUCUGAGCUCAUGCGAUGAGGCCGUGAUGAUUGAGGACAAUUCUUCUUCUGCCGGUAGCUCAUCGAGUCCUGGGACUGUGGAUAGAUAAGUGACACAGGAAUACCAUCACAAGACGAUUGUGCUGAUACUUCUCUGUUUUCCAAACAUGAAGUGAGAUAUGAUCUGGGUUAUAAAACCUCAGAAAAUGUGUUUUAAGAGAUGGAUAACUGGUUGAUCAUUACUUGUUCCUCUGGUGUUGUUUUUUAUUUUUUGUGUUUAGAGAGACAACACAAUUGCUGUUGUACGCAAAGGCCAUCUAGGAUUUCUAACCUAUAAAGAAAGAUUAGGUUUGACAGGGGUUCCAAGCGGUAGGCACCUUGUACUACCAUGCGUUUCACAUAAGACCAAACCUCAUUAACUACAACUAACGGUGUUGACUUUCACUAAGAAAAAAAGCAUUUUAUAUAAUCUUUGUUAGUAUUGUUUCAGAAUUCA